AUGGAGUUGGGUGUGGAAUCGUCCUCACCCUCAAACAACAAAGGUGGUGAAAGCUCACAUGAUCAGAUAUCUGGUCAGCGUUCAUCUCCGAUCAUAACAGCCGAACCUUCGAAUCAUACUUUCAUGCCUUCAUCAUCAUCUGAAGCUCAUGAUACGUACAAGAUUCUUGGGGUAAAAGGACGAGACAGGGUGGAGAAGAAGAAUACCACGAAGCCUACCUACAUUACAUCACGUCUACUAUCCCUACGAUCAAAGUUCCAAACAAAGGUCAAACGAGCGGUCUGGAAAUGGCAUGGCAAGUUGAUUCCAAUACUUCAUUGGCAAGACUGGGUGGAAACUCGAUUCUUCUCUCAUUGUCUGACGAAAUCAAAAGGAUCUCCCGCACUACCACCACCACCACCUCCUCCUCCUCCUCCGAAGGAACUCUUUGUCAAUCUUCGCGUCCUAUGGAACAAGGUCAUCUCAUCACUGGAUCCAACGUCGCCAGUCUACGAAGGAAAGGUGAUAUCCAAUCCGAAUGUGGAUAAAAGCAACCGUGAUGGUAAUGAUGAAGCAACAGACACGAUACCUACAACUUCUUCCGUAUCGCGUCUACCCAAUAAGUCCGAUUGGUGGUCGUAUCGCCUACUGCCUCCUACUACUCGAUGGAUCCUUGCCAUUAUUCCAUCGUUUCUCUUCCCACGCUGGUUUCAUGCCAAUAUCGAAUUGCGAACAGCCUAUUUGAAUCGAGCUGUCGAUCACAUGAUCGAUCGGCGGAUGCGCAUAUGGGAAGAAGAAGCCAAACAAGAAGAUUAUUUACUGCAGCAGCGGAAGGAGCAGCAUCAUCCUAAGAUGAUGAUUCGAGAAACUCCAAGGCCCAAUAAGAUACGCUUGGUUAUUUUGGGAGCCGGAUACGACACUCGUUCCGUUCGUCUACUUCAGCAAGGUCGGGUGGAUCAAGUUUGGGAAUUCGAUCUUCCUCCAGUCAUGGAAUCCAAACGAUGGCUAUUGAACCGACGAGGACUGUGGAAUGCUCCGAUUCCGUUUCAUCAAUGGGAACAAGGCAAGCCUCUGAAGAAUGACACUCUGAAGAAUGACCAAUCGUCAUCGGGCACGACGCAUGAGAACAACAAUAGUGACAUUACUAGCACUACCGCCUCUAUUCAAGAAACGAAAGGAAUGAAAGUGGCCGAUUUGCAAUGCAUAGGCUUGGACUUGAAUCAGCCUGAUAACUUUCGUUUGGCGAUGGAAUAUCUUGUGCAGGAGAACACGGAUGCUACAAGUGACGACUCAUCGUUAGGUGCCAACGAAUGGUAUACGAUUGUGAUAUCAGAAGCUCUCUUUCUUUACCUCGAACCCGACAUACCAGCGCAACUAUUGACUAUUUGCCAGAAUCUGUUUUCGUCAGAGAAUCGUCGGAUACAGAAAGGCGGGGAAACAGGGUCGACGUCCCAUUCUCAAUCACCACCACACAGUGAAUCGCUUGCCUUUUGUUUUGCGGACCGCUUAUUGGAAGUUCCCCUGGAACAAUCUCACGACGAGAAUGCCAUACAACAGUGGUUUGACAAGAUUGGAUGGACGUUGGUCGAUUGGUUGCCCAAGGAGGGAGCUACACGACAAAUGGGGAUCAGUCGACCCAUUUAG